AUGACACGAAUCAUCCGAGUUGCUAUCCUGGAGACUGACACGCCCAUCGACCCCGUCCUUGAUCGCUAUGGCACCUACGGCAUGAUUUUCAACCGUUGGUUGAAAAGGGGACUCCAAGGGCUUGGAGUCUCUGAUAUCAAGAUUCAAACAACAAAUUGGGAUGUAGUGAAUCAAUCUGUAUAUCCUCAGCCGGAGGAUUUCGACGCACUCUUGUUGACAGGCAGCAAACACGAUGCGCAUGCAGACAUACCAUGGAUCAACGACCUGGUGAAAUACGUCCAUGACAUACACGAGCAGCACAAGAAGCCCAUGAUCGGUAUAUGUUUCGGACACCAGAUUCUUGCGCGUGCUCUCGGAGCACGCGUUGCCCGGAACGAUGUGGGCUGGGAGAUUUCAGUCGAGCCAUUCCAAUUGAGUGACACUGGGAAGCAACUGUUCUCGAAGGAGUCAUUGGAUAUACAUCAAAUGCACAUGGAUAUUGUGUACGACGUUCCCCCAGGAUUCGUCAAUCUUGGAUCUAGCCCACGAUGCAAGGUUCAAGGGCUCUAUAUGCCACAACGUGUUUUAACUCUACAAGGUCAUCCAGAGUAUGAUGAGUUUGUGGUGACGGAGUUGAUCAAGCUUCGACAUGCGAUAGGGCGCUUCGAUGACGAACUCGCUAAAGAUGGAUUAUCGAGAGUCGGGAAUCAACAUGAUGGUGAUCUCAUUGCGAAGGUUGCUUGUAAACUUAUUCUUGGGUGA